AGAGCAUUCGGAAACUUUUAGUUGACGACCAAUUUGAAUCAAUUUCAAGAUGUCUGGACGUGGAAAGGGAGGAAAGGGACUCGGAAAGGGAGGCGCAAAGCGUCAUCGCAAGAUCUUGCGUGACAACAUCCAGGGCAUUACCAAGCCCGCCAUCCGCCGUCUCGCUCGCCGUGGUGGAGUCAAGCGUAUCUCUGGCCUAAUCUACGAGGAGACGCGUGGUGUGCUCAAGGUCUUCCUUGAGAACGUCAUCCGUGAUGCCGUCACCUACACCGAGCACGCCAAGCGCAAGACCGUCACCGCCAUGGACGUCGUCUACGCUCUGAAGCGUCAGGGACGUACCCUGUACGGAUUCGGCGGCUAGAUUGUCAAUUCCCUCUCCGCUAUAUCCAGCAGCAAGGUCAACAACGACAUCUGAAUCUCAACCGGCUUUUUUCAAAGCCACCACAUUCAAUCAAAAGAAAGGUGUCUAUGCUGUGCUACUUCGGUAUUUUUUUGUACUAAAUGCUUGCCGCCCGCGUACAAUAUUUUUUGUAGCCAGACACGAAUUGAGCUCGCGGAACCGGGUAGUGGACAGCAUUUCGGGAAGGUAGUUGAUAAUGCCGAGAGUAUUGUUGAUGGACUUGUUUUAGUAGACUGGCGCAAUCUGUUCUGUAUCUUUUCUUCCCUUCAUCGUAUUUAUUGCAUGCUUUUAGUACCGUACUGGUCGGAGAGAAGACGUACAUACAGUCAUGUAUAUGUUCCGAAAUUCAAAUUUCCCGGGUAAUUUUUGUUGUGUACAUGACAUAAAUCUAGCAGUACGUUUCGUACCACCUGCCGACAUUCAUCUCAAAUCUCACUGGACUCGAGAUAUCGCGAUCGCAUCUGAAAAUAAGUGCAAUGUACUAGGGGCAUGUUCGAUUGGUAAGGAUCGGGAUCCAGAUCUCAGAUCCCUCGGAUCCUUCAGAUUCAACUGAACACUUUAUCUUGGACCUUGACUGUUGUCAUGUUGAAAAUGGCGCUCACAAGGCACCCAAAAGGGUGAACGUCGUACUCAUCGCGUGCGUCGUACAAAAAGUCAACAAACUCUAUCUCCAUCCACGUGUGCGUACCACAAUGUGUACAAAAAUGAUUUUUACCCGCCAUAUACGCACAAAGGUCACAUUUGGAUCCGGUCAACCCUGCUCCCCGAGGUGGGUUGACCGGAUCCAAAUCCGAAGGAUCCGGAUCCGGUGGAUCGGGAUCCCGAUCCUACCAAUCGAACAUGCCCCAAAUUUACUUCACGCCAGGUUCUGGAAUCUUUAUUUCUUCAGUUCUAAUAUAAAUUAUGCAAUAAUUAUAGAAUGUGUAUGCAGACUUGCCAUUUUGAUAAUUUUUCUGACCAUAUUGAUAAGACACAUGCCCGACAACCGCAGUACAUGUA